GCCCUACACUUACACCUCGCCGCAGGGUAGAGCGUCCCGGUAGCCGGUACGUACACAGAUCCGCCUCUCUUCUCUCCCGUGCCGUCCCGUUCCAACAGCCUGUCCCGUCUUUGGCUCCACCCGCUCUCCCGUUCCUACAAAUCCUCCUCCCUCUCCCCUCACUGACACACGCACUCUGAAAACCAGAGAACAACACCCCGACACACGAGGAGAGAUACAGAGAAGCGAAGCGUCUUAUCUUCCCUACAUGGACAGGUACAGAGUGGCGCCGGCGCGGCCAGUCUUCCUCUCCUCCGGCGCCACCCACCACCACGUCCAGGCGCCGCCGCCGCCGCGCCGCUCCGACGGGGCCGAGCUCGACAUCUUCACCGCCGAGCGCUACUUCAACGCCGCCGACGCCACCAAGUACAGGGCUGCCUCCGCGGCCACCCCCGUUCCCGUGGACUCGCCGACCGCGCCGCACCUUGCCAUGGAUUCCGCCGCAAGCCAGAGCGGCCGCACGGCCGCGUCUUCUGAGGCCAGCUGGAACAGCCGCUCUGGGCUACUCGCCAGCAACAACAACAACAACCAGUCGGCCUCGGCCAGGCAGCAGCAUGACGGCAAGGGAGGCUAUGGUGGUGUUGGUGUUGGCAAUGGUGGCGUGGUGGACGGUACCAGGGACGAGCGGUACCACCGUGCCAAGAAGCCGGCCGGGCAGCGGUGGGGGCUGUUCAGCCGCGUCGACUGCCCGUGCGUCGGCCGGAAGGCGGUCACCGUCGGCGUCGCCUCCGAGCCUCCCAGCCCGAGGACGCAGCACGCCACCAGCUCCGCCGCCACGGAUCAGGAGAUCAGCGCGAUUUUUAAGGCCAACAGGCUGCUGCUAGCUCCUCCAUCUCCAACCCACGAACCAGAGCCUAGCACGGCGAAGAUUAUUAGCACAACGGGGAGCUGCACGUUUCUGCUACGCGCAAACAACAACAGCGGCAUGCUCGCUCCGCCGGGGCCCAACAAGGUCGCCGCGUUCCGGGCGCCCGACAUUGGCCGCCGCGUCGUGGUGAGCAGCUCAGGCGCCGUGGGGUUCACGUUCCCGGUGAUCGGCCCGGCGACAAAUGUCGUCAUCGACGAGCCGCCGCGCGAGUCGCUGGAGGUGUUCCGUCCUAUCGACGAGGACUCGGUGCUGCUCGCGGACGAACCUCCUCCGCGGCCGCCCUCGCUGUCCGCUCCCGGCGCCUUUCUGCGCGCGCCAGUGUUGGCGACGGCGGAGGAGGACGCGAUGAGCGACGCGAGCUCGGACCUGUUCGACCUGGAGAGCUUCGCGGCGUCGUCCUCGUACCCGACCACGUGCCGCGGCGGGCGCGGAAGCAGCCGCCGCAACUCGCGGGAGGAGGACGACAACCUGCCCCCGUACGCGGAAGCCAUGGCAGCCAUGGCCGCGGAGCCGGCGCUGAGCGAGUGCAUGUACGCGCCGAGCGAGGCGAGCGUGGUGUGGAGCGUGGCCACGGCAGAGGGCUUCGCGCCCUACGACGCCGCGCCCAGCGUCGCCAACUUCUCCAGCGCCGCCUCCGCGUGCGGCGCCGACGACUUCGCCCGCUUCGUCGUCCAGCCGCCGGCCGCGGGCGGCGGCGGCUUCACGGCCGCGAUGUCCCGCAGCGCCGCUGGCCGCAAGAAAGGCGGCGGCGGGUUCUUGAACAGCUGCCGGUGCGAGAAGGCGGUGAGCGUGGGGCCGACCCCGGUCCGCGUGGCCCGCCCACGGCCGCCGGUCCCCGAGGCCAAGACGGCAAUGGCGUUCGAAAGCGGCGGCGCCGCGCGGUACCACCACGGCCGCGUCCACAUGCCGGUCCGGACCUGAUCGAUCCAUCCAUCGGUUGGCGCUUAUGCUCGAGUACAUAUGCAUAUUACAGAAUUUAAUCCCCGUCUUUUGUCUUCCACGAAACAGAGGAAGGAUUCUCUUGUUUUCUCACGUGCGUGUACAAGCUGUCGCCGUUGGCGAACGUUGUCAGCUACUUGUUGUAACAUAAACGUGAUUCUGUAAAUCUGUAAAAGUGCAAGCAAGUCUGUAAUAUACUCCGUGAUACUCACUCCGUCCAACAAAAAA